AUGCUUGGGGCCUUGUUGUCCUUGGAGCCGGGGGAUUUGGACUUCAUGAAAGGCUUGCCCACCGUUCCAGGAGGCGGCCCCCUUUGCGUGAGGAUGGCACCGAGCAAGAGACCUUGGGAAGCAGCCGCGGAGAUGCCUGGGUUUCAAACAGAUCUCUCGCCAGUGGCAGCAGCCCUGCCAACACCUGCCGUGGAUCGGCUUGCGGAGGACUUCAUGAAGAGCAGUCAGGCCCGCAGCCCCUUCGCUGCAUCCUUGACAGCGUAUCCUGCGAAGUCUCGAGAGACUGAGCCCGCAAGCGGACAUGCAACUCCCGUCAUUUGCCUCGAGCCCGAGCUCGUGGAGGACACGCAGCCGGAGCUGCCCGCAGGGGAGAAUAUGCUUUCCUUCGGUAACCAGGUGGUGGAAAUCGUGGAAGAUGGCGACUGUGAGCCCCAGCACUGUGGGCCACGAAGAACGGUGGUGGACGAGGUCGUGCCGGUCCGAGCCUUCGGUGCACAAGCCCGAUCAGCCUUCAGACCGCCUCAAGCCAUUGUCCGAGCAGAGGCGUGUGCAUUGCCGACGGCUGUCAGCAUGCAGCCACCGGAUGCAGAGCCUGCUGUGUUGCUCUCGGAAGCACCGCUCCUGGGCCCACAGGCGCGAUUGGCAUUCAGACCGCCACGGGCGCUGGAACAUCCCAGUCCGGCUCCUGAGGAUGGCGGUUUGACUUUGCUCGGCCCGGGUGCGCGAGCACAAUUCAAGAAGCCCAGAUGUCUGGCAGUGCCCACCCCAGCGCGGGCUGGAGUCGGCCAGACAGAGCCACUGCAUCACUAG